AUGGUCGAAAUUCCGGCGGCACUGGUUUUUGAGGUGGCCUCUCGGAGCACGAGCUCCUGUCUACCGCAAAUCCGCACCACAGCUCAGCGGAAAGACAAAUACGGCACGCCGGCGGGCCAGGACCGGCCGAUCGGCCGACCCUCGCUAAACCUGUGCCGAAACACAACCUCUACCACUGAGUCAAUGGGCAGCCUCAAGUGCUGUUCGGCAGGGACUAAGUUUAACCGCCGCAUAUCCAGCAGAAUUCGUUCCGGCAACACAGCCAAAGUUACAAGAGACGACGGCGACGGAAUUCGACGAUGGUGGCGUCAUUUUUUGCAUCUUCGACCGACCGAUUUGCAUGAUAAUAUGGUUUAA